AUGAGAGAGUACAGAUUGAAAACUGUCAUUCCAACUGAGUCAGACGCAAAAGGUGUCUAUUAUGACGGUGAUCUUUACUUUGCAUCAAGUAACCACCUAUUCAAGGUAAAAGACGGCAAGUACAAAAGAAUCAGUGGAUCAAAUGAAACCAUUCUUGGGUUUUCAAUCUCUAAAAGACUUUUUACUAUCACUAAGGACAGAAUGUACAUGUUCAAUCAAGAUAAAAUCAUAGGAUCACUCAAGAAAUCAUUUUCUUGCAUAGAAGCAAAUGAGCAGUUUAUUGCAGCAGGAUGUUCAAGAGUACUUGAGAUCUGGCAUGUUCCCAAGGAAGCCAAGUUCACUCUAUUCAACCUGCAUUCCAGGCAUUUUGGGCACUUCUUGGAUAUCACGUGCGUACGAUUUCUUGACAACAGCUUAGUGUUGACAGCAAGCAAAGACUGUACAGUAAGACUGGUCAACAUCCUCAAAAACAAGUCAGUGCGUGUGUGCAACACGAUUGGAAUCCCAAUUGAUAUCCAUGUUAUUGAUGACUCUAAGAAGGAAAUAGCUGUUGUAUGUGAAGGAGGCGUGAUAUUAUAUUAUGUGUUAGAUGGAUACAAAAUGCAGUUUAAAGACAGAAUUUAUAUUAAUUCGAAAAUACUGGCAUCAAGCAGCUAUUCUGGGUUUGUAGCCGUUUCUUUAGAUUCUAACAAGGAGGGAAAUCUACUUGUGUACAAGGGAGUUGACCUUAUUCAUCAUGCAACAGUCCUUCAUAAGAUAUCAAGCAUUUCUCUAUUUGGGUCUUGUAUUGCAGUAAGGGGGCCAAAGUUUGUUGCUAUCUACGACCUGGUGAUCAAUGCCUUUCUUUUUGAGUUGGAUCUUCCUAAGAUAGUAUCAAUGGAUACAAAGAAAAACAUAAUUGCCACAGGAUGCUCAGACAAAAAAAUCAGGCUGUAUGAUGAGCAAAGAUGCACGAAUACACUUGAGGAUCCAAGCAUGACACAUGGUAUAUUUAGUGUACAUAUUUUGAAUAGUUCUGUGUUGAGUGUAUGCAUUGAUGGACGGGUGUCUGUCUGGGAUAUAAAGAAUGGCACAUGUUAUAGGUCAUUUCAAGUGGAGAUGCGAGUGUGCAGCACUGAGGUUAGCGAAGACGGUCUUUUGCUGUUUGUUGCGAACUUUGAUGACUACUCAAUAAGAGUGGUUGAUUUACAGAGGAGCAAAGAGAUUGAUGUGUUGAAAGGGCACGAAGGGCCUAUAACUCAGAUGGUGUGGAACAGAAGCUCAUUGUACUCUGCAUCAUACGACAAUGUUGUAAAGAAGUGGGAUGUGUAUAAUCAGAUAGUUACUGAUCUUGAUGUUGGAAAGACAAUUACUGGGCUUUGUGUAAGAGACGGAAAGAUGUGUGUAAGUGCAAUUGGCGAGAUUACGAUAUAUGAUGAGCAUUUUGAUUAUGAAAGAUCGGUUAAGAUAUCUCUAAAGGCACGUAAGAGAAACGAGAUUUUUAUCAGUGAAAAACCGGUGGAGUGUGUGGAGUUUUCGUUGGACAAUAGAUUUGUGAUAUGUGGGGGAGAGUCAAACACGAUGAAGAUCGUAGCUGUUGACACUGGAGAUGUUGUCCAAGAGAUGCGUGUUUCACAGAAUAGAGAAUGGGAAAAUUACAAAGACGUGCUUGGUAAGGAAGCAGAUACGUCUUUUGAUAAGACAAAGAUUAUUGAGGUUUUGAAGAUAAUACACAGUGAGAGCCAAAGGAUGUUUUAUGUACUAACACGUGAUGGGAUCAGUAUGUAUGAAGUGUCUUCUGUGAAGUUUAUUCCAAUCAGGAUGGACAUCUCACUGACUCCAGAGUCAAUACGCUUGUAUAUUGAGAACGAAGAGUAUUUGAAAGCUAUGAUUGGAUCACUGAGACUGAAUCAAUAUGAGAUCAUACAAGAGGUUGUGCUUUCUUGUCCUAUUGAGAGGAUAGAAGGAGUUGUAAAGCAUCUUGAAGAGUCCUUGGCUGAAGUGCUGAGAGGAGUUGUUUCAAAGAUGAUCGAAAAUUCGAUGCAUUGUCUAGUGGCAGUCAAAUGGCUAGGUUUUAUUGUGCUAUAUUUUGGAUCGAAUAACAUCAAAAGGCCUGAGCUCGACAAGCUUCGAAGAAAUGCAGGCAUGAUCCUAAAGACAGGACAACUGAAUAGAGCAAUGCUGGAUAACAUUGCAAGAAAAUGA